AUGGAAAGUAUCGUUAAUGAGUUAAAAUUAGGUCGUAAAAAUAUAUAUAGCACAUCAUCACCAUCUUUAUUUGCUGUAGUCGUUCACAAUACAUGGUUGAAAAAGUGGCUGAAAUAUGUAGAAGUCGAUAGUUCUGUUAAUAAUAUAGAUUUUACGCUGCAACCCGGAGAAAGUGUUCCGUAUCCGUGGAAAAAAGUCUUCAUUAAGGUAUUAAACAAACGAACUGCUAAGGUUUUGCCUUUGCCUCGAUACAAAUUAGCUGAGGGCAAUGAUUCUCCAUUGACAUUUUCACAACUACUGCAGUAUGUAUCGCAAUAUAAUCACAGGAAUUUAUGGAAGGAGUCAUAUAAGAAAUACUCUCAAAAUAUUGAGGGGAAUAAAGAGACUACGAUUGUGAAUUUACUUGAACAUGAUCAGCUACUUUCCGAGGUAAUUAUAAGGCUUUACGGCUGUAAUAUUAUUAAAUUAAGAUCAGAUGGUACAAGACUGGAAUAUAAGGAAUCAAAACCUUCAACUAAAUCAUAUGACACUCAUAACAAUAUAUUGGCUGCUAUGUUUGCCUUAGAAACAGAUAAUAACAUUUUCAUAAUAUAUAGAAGUCACUAUGAAAAUAGCCUCUUAGAUGUUCUUAAUUUUAGUUCACAUUUGAUAGAAAGAAGUUAUACUAGAGGACUGUUUAUUAUCUAUCAAUUAUUAAAUGUAUCCAAAGCAAUGAGUGAUAGAGGUUUAUGCUUGGGUACUUUAGAUCUUAAAGAUGUAUUUUUAACUGAAGAUUUAUGGUUGCAAGUAGUGCCACCUAUAGUAAACAAUGUGCACUGCCUAAACCCAUCUCUUAUUUGUGAGCAAAAUCGAAAUAAGCAAAGUACAGGUCAGGGAAAAGGCCAAAACCAAACUCCUAUUGAGGAAUUAAGGAAUAAUGCAGUAAAAUUGGAGAGAUUAUGUUUGCUGUGGGUAAGUGGCCAGAUAUCAAAUUUGGACUACUUGCUUCACUUGAAUGUUCUGGCUGGAAGAUCAGCGAAUGAUCCACAAGCUCAUUUCAUGGUGCCUUGGGUUACUGAUUUUGCUUCAAGAUGUGGAUACAACUGGAGGGAUUUAAGCAAAUCAAAAUACAGAUUAAACAAAGGCGAUCGCCAACUUGAUAUGACAUAUGAUGUCACAGGCUGCAACGGUCAGAUACCACAUCAUGUCACAGAUGCUCUAUCUGAUAUCACAUGCUAUGUGUAUCUUGCUAGAAGAACUCCCAAAGACACCCUAUGUAAAUAUGUCCGAAAUAAAUGGGUGCCAGCGGAGUACCCUGCAUCUGUACAGAGGAUACAGGAGUGGACCCCAGAUGAGUGUAUACCAGAGUUCUAUACCGACCCCGCUGUAUUUAAGAGUAUACAUGAAGAUCUACCGGACCUCGGCAUACCAACUUGGGCGACAUGCGUAGAAGACUUCAUAACGAAACACAGGGAAGCUCUAGAAAGUUCGCACGUCUCGGAUAACCUACAUCAUUGGAUAGAUAUCACGUUUGGCUAUAAACUUUCCGGAUCGGCUGCGAUAAAAGCAAAGAACGUAUGUCUAUCAUUAGUAGACCGACACACGCGAACGCGGCGCGGUGCGACGGUUCAGUUGCUGACUGCGCCACACCCUCCAAGGAAACUCAAAGCACUCCCACCUGCUCCGCCUAGAUUGAGAUGGACCACUUCUAGAGAUUCCAGAAAAUCAAUCCGCGAUAGCUCCGACGACCUAUCUGACGAAGAAGACGAGUCUAGUAGCCUCCCACACCAUGUAUCCAGACUAUCCGUCCCAGGACGAAUACGUCGCCAUAAAAGUUCAACUAGAGCUCGUUCCCUAACCAAAGGGCAAAGCGAAGACGCUCCGUUCAGCGAAAGCAGAGCAUCGUCACAUACUCGACAUUAUAAAGUCCAACGCUCCGAAUACGGUCAAGGCGUUAUAUACCUUCCGAAGGAAUUCAAUCCCGCAGCGUCCAUACAAGCGCUAGAGACGCUAGACAACUUUAGAACUAAGUGCUUUUUCAGUACAUCCGGUGAGCCAGAGAAAAUAAACGAUCACCACGCCCCUUCAAAAAAUCUCUGCUUACAAACAGACAUGCAAAAGGACACAGAUGAAACUGCAUUCACCAAUCACAUGUUUCAAGCGUCCUACGAAGGUUUCUUCAAGAGAAACCAAGAAUCCCAAAUAGAUACAGUUUUUAAGGAGAGAAAGAACCGAAUGUUUAACACUAGGUAUACGACAGAUGCGGUGGUUUAUAAACAAUUCAUAACGGAGAGUCGACGCCAGGAUAUGCUUGUAGUCGGGUGUAUCAUAGUGGAAAUCUUCCUCCAUAACCACAUACGUCCAUUGCGAAUUACUAACGACAAUUUUGUCGAAAGAUAUAACAGCUGUCGGAUAGUCCUCAAAUAUAAUUUUCAUGCAUUACCAAAGUGUGUUAGUUAUAUCGCUUCACUCCUUUUAAACGUUCAUCCCCCUUCUUUAUCCUUCAACCAAGAGUUAAGCGAACCGGCAAAGAAAGCAGUGACGGAUAAAGGCCUGCCCACACCGACGGCGUCUCAACUUCUUCAGCCGCUGUUGAUGCAGCAUCUGAUACCCUUUCCUCAAAGCUUCAUUGUACUCCACAGUCUCAUAAGUACGUUACACGAGUACGAACUGACCAGUAACGAGCUAAAUAUUCUCUAUACGUACGAAUGCGAUGGUAUCCAAUGUGAGACGUACCAAAACGUGGAUAAGACCAAAUUAUAUUUCGCUCAGAAAAUCGCAGAAGGAAAGAUCCAAGCCUGUAUCACACACUUGGGAGUCCUUUUGAACUUGUUCACUGGAUUCAACGAUUUUGAUGCUUUAGACAUUUUUCUGCAGCACUACAUACAGUUGUUGGAAAAUAAAGACACGUCGGUGUUAGCAGCGUGGCACUUAUUUGAUACAAUAAGUAAAGCCCUAGGUCCCGAGGAGACGAGAAACAAAAUACUUAAGUACAUUCUAAAUCUCUACGAAGAUGACGAUUUCGUCUUUGAGAAAUCGGAGAAGUUUGCUGAAAUUGACGCAACAUCAUCCGCCGUUUUGGCGAGUAAGCAGAAGUUUAUAAAGCUAUACCAUAAUAUAUUCCUUCUUCAGUUGAUGGUCAGACUCGGUCUGCAGUGUUUCUUGGACAAUUUCACUCAACAUUUGGUGGAGGCGGUCGGCGGGUACAAGGACGUGUCGUAUCAGAGUGGGGUCUUAGGUCACUCCUGUCACAGUCGCUCUAUGGCCAACAGGAAGCCAAGAUAUUCAGAUGACAGUGUUAAGAAUGUUCUAACAACCGCGUCUGAUAUAUUCUCGCCAGACACGUCUUGCGGUUCCGAACAAAUCGUUACACCGAAUAUAGAAAAAGCGAUGUCCGAAGUCAGCGAGGCGUUAAAAGAGAAAGAUGUCGAUAGUAGGAGUGAAAACGAGCUCUUUCACUUCGAAAAUGAUAAAGAGCGAAACCAGAGUGGAAGCAGCCGCAGUAAAUCACCAACCGGCUCCGUCGAUUCAAUAGGACAGACUCUACACACACCUUCGCCAUCAGAACAGAUAUCCCCGGGAAAUUCCCGCUUCUUUAUUUCCUCGUCGAUAAAGAACAGUGACUAUUUGGAUAAAGAGGUCCCGGAAAUCCGUAAAACAAUGUCGCCCAACACGGAUGAACGGAAACCGAUGUUCACUAGCUAUUUAAUAGAUGAAAGUAACGUAGAAAAUAAAAUCGAAUUAAAUGUACCAGAAACGAAUCACCUCGUGGUAAAGUUGACGAGUGAUGAUGAAAGGGACUAUAAUGAUUCAUACAAGAUAUCAGAUAUGAGUUCGGAGAGUUUAAUUUGGUUGUCUCAUAGACUAGGGCCGGUGCUGACUUGUAGAUAUGUAACCAGGAAUCUGUUGAAGAUGCUCACUCUAUGCUAUAUCGGGAAAGAGAACUUGGCGUCGAUAGAAAUGGACGAUAAGGAUGAGUUUGAUGAAAUAUCGAUUGUUAAUAGCGCUGUGGUGGGUGAUAAGAAUGCGAUAAAGGUUAUAAAGUGCUUGACGUCCAUAGUGGCUAUGUACGGCGAGCAGCUAAUUAUAUUUCAAUAUCUGCCGCACAUGGGCGAGCUGAUCGCGUCCUGUCGACGCCGCCUGUCCACUCCCCUAGAAGGGGGGGUGGUCGCGUGUCUCCAACUGGUGAAGUAUUUGUUGCCGUUUAUGGCCGACGUCAAAGUUAUGGAGCAAUUGCAAGAUACCUUCCUAAAGUCAAUUCUUCAGCCUGCCCUGCGCCUGGCCUGCACCAGUCGCUGUUCAUACCCUAGCGGAGCCGCUGCCCGCUGCGCUCUAACCAGAAAGCUUCUAGAUGCAUUGUAUGCGCUGGCCCUCAGAAUAGGACCAGAAAUGACUAGAAAACAUCUGUGUGUACCAGCCCUUCAAAGAUUCUUUUUGGCGUUCGACAAAGCUACAGGGAAGACGGACAAUUGGCCAAAGCAAGAUGAUACUAGUACGGAAAAGUCCUUCGAGCCAGACAGUUUAGACCCAAAAUUAGAAGGUUUUCUGGAGAUAUGCAGAGAUGGCAGUACAGCGGAGUGGGCGGUUCGGGACGGGAGGGUAGUUAGAUCUGACUUGCCAGAGUUGGCUUGCACGCCACCUUCGCUACCAGAUACCCACGACGUCACUACUCUUACUGCCCAAGAAGAAUUAUUGGUGGUAUUCGACAGUGAACUGGCAUAUCACGCUUACACAAGGUUCACAAAACUGGUAGGGACUGAUGCCAUUGAGCGAGCGCUUAAAAACAGUGACACAAUUCGCAACCUCUGUCAGAUGUAUAGACAUAAGCAUUGUAUCAGUUCACCUCUCCACAUAUCACGACAAGACAAGCGCGUACAGUCUUCCUUCAGCGACGAGUUAUUAAAUAAGAAACAUAUAGACAUCACCUGCAAGCUAGACCUCGCCGACCACAUAUCCAACUCGAAUAGUUUUGGAUCAAACGUGACUUUGGUCGGAAACAGGAUAGAUGUCGCUAGUGACACCUGUGAAGCGCCCCAAGUUGACGGAUUCGAUGUCGUGGCAUACAAAAUGGAUAAUGGUUCGCGUAGUGACAGGCACCUCCGUGGGGACUGGUUAAUCUACUGGGAACACGAGAUCGGUCGUGCUGACAAAGAAGCGAGGUUCAACUUAAAGCAGAUCAAGCUCCAGAGCUUCGCCGGUCACACGCACUCCGUCAAAUCGAUCCACUGCCUCGACAACGAGAACAGUUUCAUGAGCGGCUCAAAGGACAAGACCGUGAGACUCUGGUCUUUGAGGAAUCAGGGUGAUGGCAACGCAAUAACUCAAUGCAACUGGACGUAUACUGGUCACAAAAAGGGCGUGUUAUCUCUCGCGUUUCUGGAAUCGCUACGUCUUGCCGUAUCCACAGACUCCGUGGUCCACAUUUGGGAUCCAUUUAUGGAAAGCGUAGUCUGUCAACUGGACAACUUGAAAUCUCCAGUAAGCAUAGUAAGAACUCUGCCGGGACCCUCCAGCGUAGUUGUGGCUGCCACUACUGAAGCCACAAUCCGCUUGAUUGAUGCUAGAUCGCCUAACCACAAUCACGAGCUUAAGCUACCAACAAAUACAACGACGUUUAUCCGGUGCAUGUGCGUCAGUGGGGCAGGAAGCUGGGUUGCCGUGGGACUAGCUGGGGGUCACGUGGCUAUCUUGGAGCCUCGCUCUGGACUGCCCCGGGCGCACUGGAGGGCCCACGAUGGAGAGGUACUCCGUAUAGCAGCGGUAGAUGAACACAGGCUCCUUACAUCUGGUCUCGAUCAAGUCACGGCGCUGUGGAAGGUCGAAGACGGAGAGCUUAUUGCGCAUCUCAAAGGUAUCACAGAACCCGUACACUGCCUCUCGGUCUACUACAACGAGCUGAUAUCGGGAACCACCAACAAUCGCAUCGGUGUUCACACGUCGUUGGACCAGGAGGCGUCCUUUUCGAGUACCAAGCUGCGUUCCGAUACGUUCAAAGGUGUGCUAACGUGCAUGUCCGUGUUGCCACUUAACAGGUUAUUGCUUCUGGGCAGCGAUAAUGGCAACAUUAGUUUGCUCUGUUGA